AAAAAUCAAUAUUUUUUGGUUUUAAUAACCCUCCAAAGUGAGCCAAAAACACAUAAAAAACUCGAAGAGAUGAGUCAUGGAGAUGGACAUGGUCUGCCUCUGACCUCCUCCAGGAGAGGCGGUCACCAGUAAUACAUGGUUUCCAAUUUUUCCUUGUUAUAGUCUCCAAUUUCUCCCCCUUUACGGCUUUAGUAAUCCCUUUUUUCUUUGAAAAAAAAUCUGUACUUUUGAAUAAAAUGUUGAGGAUAUGGAAAUGUUACCAGAGCUGUUUAUCCCAUCAUCAUGUAAAACACAAGUUAUCAGCUCAUGUUUCAUUUGGGGCGUUGGAGAUAUUGCUGCUCAAUACAUUACCCAUUCCACCGCCAAGAAACGCCUUCAAUUUAAAGAUGAAGAUGAAGAAUUUAAAGUAAACUGGAAAAGGGUAGCUGUCACAAGUACAUUUGGAUUCGGCUUUGUAGGAUCGCUUGGACACUUCUGGUAUGAAGCCUUGGACAAAUUUAUGAAGAUGAGGCUUCAACUCCGCCUGAAGUCAGCAAGGUUAGUUGGUGCCAAAGUUGCAAUGGAUGGCCUUAUCUUUGGCCUCUUUGACUUGUUCGUGUUUUUCACUCAUAUGGGGUUUUCCACCGGCAAAAGUGUUCUUGAAGUGAAGGAAGACUUGAAGAGAGAUUUCCUCCCGGCCUUGAUUUUGGAAGGUGGCAUAUGGCCAAUCGUUCAGGUUACGAAUUUCUGAUAUGUUCCGGUAAGAUACCAACUCCUUUAUGUCAAUAUGUUCUGCUUGUUAGACAGUGCCAUUUUGUCGUGGACCGAACAAAAAAAAAAGAUGCUCCAUGGAAACAGAAGUUUACUUCUUUUACAUCAAUGAAAGAACGAUGAGGCCCAGGCAGAUUGUGAAUUUUUUUUUUUUUGCUUCCUCUUUUACCUCUUACUGAUCAGAGUCUUAAGUGUACAACAGAAAAUUCAUGUACCGCUGAAAAAAUUAAUGAAGAAAACCUGAAAUUUGGUCUGGUUGAAUUAGUUUAAGCUUUUGGUCGAAUAUUACGAGCAAUCUUCACUCGAAUGGGAUGAACACUCAGAACCAUAUCUGAAAAUCUGGUAUACAAUUUUUCUUGAAUCUAUAUAAAUUGUUUACAGAUGUAUC